CGGCGAUGCCGUGCUGCCGGGUACCGGCGCUGGCAGCGCUGCCGCCAUGGGCUGGGGAACUCGCCUGGGUCUCCUGGGCGGCCUCGCCCUGUGGACGCAGCGGCAGAGGGCAGCGGCGGCUGCCGCCCAGGAGCGGCGGGACCUGGAGUUGAAGCUGGUGCAGGUGGUCUUUCGACACGGGGCGCGUACCCCGCUGCGGCCCCUGCCGGGGUCAUCGCCGGUGGAAUGGCUUCCCACUCUUCUAGAUGUACCUGCUCAGACUAAGUUCGAUUACGUGGUGACUGACCUAAAUGGAGGACCUCAACCUCCCUCACCCUAUGAUGAACACUACAAAAAGACUACAUUCAAGGGUGGCGUGAUUGCUGGACAGCUGACAACAUUGGGGAUGCAGCAGAUGUUUGCCCUAGGGGAAAGGCUAAGGAAAACCUAUGUGGAAGAAGCCAACUUUCUCUCACCAAUAUUUAAGCCUGCUGAGGUCUUCGUCCGUUCCACUAAUAUUUUCCGGAACCUGGAGUCCACACGGUGCCUGCUAGCUGGGCUGUACCGACAGCAGAAAGAAGGAUCCGUUGUCAUUGUCACAGACGAAGCAAGCUCUGAAAUACUCUACCCCAAUUACCGCAGCUGCCAGCGCCUGAAAUGCUUGAGCAGGCUCAAGCUGGAGAAUGUUCUGCAGCAGCCAGGUAUCUGUGACGACUUGAAAACCAUUAAGGAGAAGAUGGGUAUUGAUGGGGAAAAGUCUGUGGAUUUUUUUCUCCUCUUUGAUAACAUCAUUGCUGAGCAGGUGCACAAUUUGCCAAGCUGCCCCGUGCUGAAGGGCUUUCAGCAGACUGUUGAGCGUCGAUCUGUUGAGUCGCUGCUUUUCCUUCUGGAAGACGGUUCAAGGGAAGUUCUUCAGAUGAGCAUUGGCCUCCUUUUCCAUACGUUACAGAAGAACAUCACAGAAGCGAUAGAGUCCUCAUCUCCAGCUCAAAAGGCCAGAAAGCUCAUUCUCUAUGCUUCUCAUGACACUACCCUUAUUCCUCUCCUGGUGGCACUGGGCACCUUUGAUCACAAGUGGCCACGUUAUGCUGCAGAUGUGACCCUAGAACUGUAUCAGCACCGGCGGUCCAAAGAGUGGUUUGUUCGCACGUUGUACCUCGGAGAGGAGCAAGUGGUCAAAGGGUGUAGUGGAGGCCUCUGCCCACUCAAAGAAUUUCUAGGAGCUCUUUCACAGUACUCAGUCAGUCCAGAGGAAUACAAUAAUCUGUGCUCCCAAAUGGAAGAGAAUCAGCAAGCCGACUCAUGAUUUGUCUUCAA